UCCGUAAUGUGCCAUUCGCACGGAUGCGCUGUCGAUCGUUUGUGCGCUACAGAUUGAAAAUAUUUAUAAAAAACAGCCAAAACCAGGAUGGAUAUGCCUAAAAGAACUGCGGAUUUGUUGGAUAUACCCAGAACACCAGAUAUGCGCAAUUAUGCACAGAUUUCGGAUCCACGGCGUACCAAGGAGCUGCUGGAAAGACAGCAACAGGCAAGGCAGCAGAAAACUCCAGAGAUGAGCAGCCCCAUCUUUUUGGAACCGCUGCGCACCAAGGAAUUGCUGGAGCGACAGCGCCAGGCCUCAUCUGCAUCUGCAUCCAGGGCAGUCCGUACACCGUCAGCCCCUGCAUUCGGAAACAUGACAGACAGAGGAGACAUACACAAAACACCAGAGAUGCGCUGUCCCCGCAUCGCAGUCGUACUCUGCUCAGAGCCGCCGCUGCCAGUGCGCACCAAGGAACUGCUGGAGCGGUGGCGUAGGGAGGAUGAGAGGGAUAGCAGUCGUAGGACAGCCUCCGCAACGAGAAUAGGUCGCCAGAAUCACAAAUCCCCAAUACCAGGCACCGCCGCAAACAGGCUGUUGGUGCCCUCCAUUGGUUUCUCGUAUCCCAAGCAGCAGCAUCAGCAGCAGCUGUUCCCCCACACAUCCGCAUCCGCAUCCGCAUCGAGAGCGGAGAGAGAAACACCCCACAUAACAAAGUUAGGCAUAACAAAGCGACGGCUGGAGUUCCGGCACGUGCAGGGCAAGGAGUCGAUGGGGUCGAAAUUGGAAAGGCUCACAGCCUACCUACAGCAGGAGAUGGAGGGUUGGGGCAGCAGCAGCAGCAGCAGCACAGAGCGACGGCUGCGCCAGAUGACUAUUGCGGACUUUGUGAGCAUUGUGAGGCAUUUGUUGCCCCACUCUGGGGUAGCGGCGGGGUCAUUGAGCAAGGCCUGCUAUGCGGAGCAGCUGAUGGAUGCCCUGCAGCAGCUCAAGUAUCCCAAGAAGGUGAACAGGAGCUGGCUGUUGAUGCCGGGAACACAGCAUGUCAUCGGCCAUGUACUGGACCUGCUGGACUUUCUAUUGGAUUUUGCAGUCACCGCCACAACACGGGGGGAAGCGACUUGUGAGUUUCCCUUUGUGGCAGACUCGUCACUGGAUGAGAAAUCCUUUGUGCUGAUGGCAAAGGACUACCACCGGUGGCAAGCAGCGGAAAACAGUCUUCAAUUAGAGCAACAAAAAUGUAAUGAGCUACUAAAGGAAUGCUGCAAUUCCAAUGAUAUCAUUGCGCUGCAGCAGGAGUUGGAAUCCCUACAACUGGAGCCCAAUCAGCUGGAGUUGAGCACUGUUCAGGAUCAGAAGCUGCAGCAGCAGCAGUUGGAACAAAGGGACAGCCUUCAGCAAGAGCUAACCAACUGCCAGGAUAAGCUGAAAUCCGUGUUGGCCGAGUCCUUGGCCUACGAGGGCAGGUUCAGUCAUUUGUGCACCGAAACCUGGCGACAGAAGCAAAUCCUGCAGUCACUGCAGGAUCGUGUAAGAAGCCAAAGAUGCAGCUACCAGGAGUAUGCGAGAUUGCUUGACCUACAUGCCGAACGUUGCGAUGAACUUCAGGUGUACCGUCGCCGGCAGCAGGAUAUUGCCGAGCGUCUAAGCAUAGCCAAGCUGCGAUGGAAGCGCUCUCGGAAGCACCUAAUGGACAGCAUCGAAGCCUACAACGUGCACAUGCGGGACUUUGAGUACUCGUUGGCCUUUAAAGGCAGCUGCCCCAAAUCUCUGCAGUUGCCUUUGUAUCCCACGUUGGAGGAGACACAAGAGCGCCGGGAGAGGCUGCAGCAAUUGCGUAACCUUAUGGAUAGCACUGUUGCCAAGGCAGGCUGCUUUAGAAAGCAGCCUCUCGGCGAGAUACAAAGUUAGUUAAACAAACCAGCAGAAGCAGCAGCACAAACACGUACAAAUUCACAUCAACAUCAACAACAUUCAACUGAAGCUCGUACGAGUUUAAUUUAAGCAAAUAUUUGCGUGUUUUGUAAUUUUCAUUUUGAGCCAAAAUUCAAGCUGAGAGUAAGCUUAGUAAUUCCUCCUUGAAUUUCACAGAUUUAUUUAAUUGAAUUUGUCAACUGUACGCCACAAUAGGCUCGUCCCUACUCAUGCACCACCUCCCGCCGCCUCCUGGAGGGUGGUUGCUGUCGCUGCCUUGAUCCCGUGGCCUGGAUUUGAGUUCAUGUAAUUGACAUUUGAAUGAAUCAUUGGCAACAGUUGUACACUUUCCCAAGGAGACUAGCUCUUUGGAUAAGCCCAAAGACUUGCCAAAAACAAAACUGAGCAGAUUGUUAAUCUAUAAACAGUAAAGCCUUAAGUUCAACGAUCUCUUACACAUACAAAAAGGUAGAUUAAACUAAAGUUAAUAAGCUUAAAUGAUAAUUAAUUUCCUACCUUAUUCAAGUCAAAAGUUAAGCUGAACAAAUCCACAUUUUGUAAAGUUUUCCACAAGC